GGGGGGGGGGGGGAUUGCCUUGGGUGCGUUUACGUAGCCGUUAGGUCGUCGAGCGGUCGACAGCUCGCAUUCACGACUCAAACAUGGCAGCGGCUACAAGCGUUGUGGUACUCGACCGAGGGAACAAUACCACCUGCACGAUUAAUCUCCAUGGAGCUACUGUGGUUUCCUGGCGAGUCAACAAUCAGGAACAGCUAUUCGUUAGUAAGCAAGCGGUUUUCGAUGGCAAGAAGGCGAUCAGAGGCGGGAUUCCAUUCGUAUUUCCCCAAUUUGGAGCGUGGACAUUCGGUCCAGGUCAUGGAUUCGCAAGGAUCGUUCGUUGGAAUCUAGAAAAGUCACCGGAGCGUCUGCCAAGCGGUGAUGUGGAAGCGAUAUUUUCAGUAAUGGAUAGUGAGUUCACACGCUCAAUGUGGAACUACCCGUUCAGGCUUACGUACAGGCUGAUACUGCGGGAAAAGGAGCUCCACUUCAACAUCGGGGUCUACAAUCCCAGCAAGGAGCACACCUUCAGCUUCAAUUUACUUCUCCACACGUACUUCAAGGUCCCAGAUGUAAGGCGGUGUCAAGUGACUGGCCUGCACGGAUGCACCUUCAUCGACAAGACAAGGGACAAUCAAAUAUUCCAAGAAGGCAGGGACGUCGUUACCAUAUGCGAAUGGACGGAUAGAAUCUACCAAAACACACAGCCGGAACAUAUAAUCACCAACGUUGUCUCCGGUAGGAAAAUGAGAGUCCAAAAAUACAACUUCCCAGACACGGUGGUUUGGAAUCCGUGGCAGGACAAGGCUCGAGACAUUCCUGAUUUCGGUGACGAUGAAUUUCCAAAUAUGAUAUGCGUCGAAAGCGGACAUGUCAGCAGUCCCGUUAUCCUGUUGCCAGGGACCGCCUUUGAGGCUAGCCAAAUUCUCCAGGUAAUGUGAGCGGAGAAUGGACCGUCAAACGGGCCCAGCUCCUCGCUUCCGGUAUCGUCGACUAGAGCCAUUGCAUCGCAUGUUCGGCUCUCGGAAACGGAAAACAGCCUUUGGCCCUACCAAGCGGAGUUCGAAGCAGGACCAUCGCCACCACAGCUAUGUCGAGAGAGGCACUGCAACGCUCGAUAUUGCUCGAUAUGUACUCUAAACCUCUGAAUACCUGACCAUAUAAACAACGAUAAGCCA